UCAGUCGUGAAACCCAUAACGAACUCAAACUCCUCUCUCUCUCUCGUGAUUUGAUAAAUCAAUCAACCAACCAAUUUGAGAGGGUUAGAGAGUUUAAGAGGGGAGAUCGAAGGAUUUGGAUUUGAUUUGAUUUGAAUCAAAUCGAAAUCGAAAUUGUGGAAUGGGAAUGGGAAUGGCGAAGCAGAGGAGGAAGGUGUUGCUUCUGUUUGUGUUGAGCGCUCUUUACACGGCAAUUGCGGCAGGGAAGAGCUACUACGAGAUACUACAAGUGCCCAAGGGAGCCUCCGAUGAGCAGAUCAAGAGGGCUUACCGGAAGCUUGCCUUGAAGUACCAUCCCGAUAAGAACCAGGGAAAUGACGAGGCCAAUCAGCGAUUCGCUGACAUUAACAAUGCGUACGAGGUGCUUUCGGAUAGCGAGAAGAGGAGCAUUUACGACAGGUAUGGAGAAGACGGUCUCAAACAGCAUGCUGCCAGUGGAGGAAGAGGUGGUGGUGGAAUGGGCAUGAACAUCAAUGACAUCUUCGCCGAUUUCUUUGGUGGUGGACGCUCUGCUGAAGAGGAAGAUAAAAUUGUCAAGGGCGACGAUGUGGUCAUCGAAUUGGAUGCAACGUUGGAAGACAUCUAUAUGGGCGGUUCGUUGAAGGUUUGGAGGGAGAAGAACGUUAUAAAGCCAGCACCUGGAAAGAGACGUUGUAACUGUAGAAAUGAGGUCUAUCACAGGCAAAUUGGGCCAGGAAUGUUCCAGCAGAUGACAGAACAGGUCUGCGAACAAUGUAACAAUGUUAAAUAUGAGAGAGAGGGUUAUUUCAUCACUGUUGAUAUUGAGAAAGGGAUGCAAGAUGGACAAGAGGUGGUUUUCUAUGAGGAUGGUGAACCCAUUAUUGAUGGAGAACCUGGAGAUUUAAAAUUUCGGAUUCGCACCGCACCUCAUGACCGAUUCAGAAGGGAAGGCAAUGACUUGCAUACAACCAUCACCAUCACACUGGUUCAAGCAUUGGUUGGCUUUGACAAGACAAUUAAACACCUUGAUGAUCAUUUGGUGGACAUAAGCUCUAAGAAAAUUACAAAGCCAAAGGAAGUCAGAAAAUUCAAAGGGGAAGGGAUGCCGUUGCACUUCCACUCAAAGAAAGGAGACUUAUACGUGACAUUUGAGGUUCUAUUCCCCACUUCAUUAACAGAAGAGCAGAAGACAAAGAUCAAAUCUGUUCUUGGUUAGAUUAGGGAUGCAUUUUUGUUGGUUCAAAUUUGUAACAUGAUGAGGCGAGUACAGAAAAGUUAAAAGCAACUAAGAAGCCCUCAGCAGCUUCUUUGAUUAGAUAACUGAUGAUUAGUACAAUUUAUUAAGAUCUUUUUGUUGUA